AUGGCUCCAGAGGGCACAUGUGGGGAUGGGCGCUGCGUGCUGCGAUUUAGGACCGGGGCAUUUGUGCCCGGUGUCCCAGUCCUCCCCGUGGUUCUGUCCUACAACAAGCGCCAUCAUAAUCCUGCCUGGACCAUCAUGAAUGAGGGCUGGCACUUUGUGCGGAUGUGUUGUCAAUUUGACAAUGCUGUUGACGUGGAAGUUCUUCCUCCAUACGUGCCUAGCGAGGAGGAAAAGGCUUCUCCAACUCUGUAUGCUAAGAAUGUGCAGAAGUUGUAUGCAAAGACCCUUAGUUUGCCCACCGUCAACCAGAGUCAAGAGGAGUUCAGCGCUUUGGUGAAGAGAAGAGUUGGUGUCAGUUGGGAUGGGAGGAGAGUGACAGCUCCUGAGGGUGUUGUUGAUUGCAACGGCUUUGUUGACCUAAACAUGAGUACCUCAAAGAAGUCACACUGA